AUGGCGGCGGCGGGGUACGAAUUGCGAGGCGUGUACGGGAGCGAGCCGUAUUGGCCGGAGAAGAAGCUGAAAAUCUGCGUCACGGGCGCGGGGGGGUUCAUCGGAAGUCACCUGGCGAAGCGAUUGAAGGAAGAGGGGCAUCACAUCGUCGCGUGCGAUUGGAAGCGCAAUGAACACAUGCCGGAGGAGAUGUUUUGCGACGAGUUCAUCUUGGUCGACUUGCGUCUCUACGAAAACUGUAAAAAGGUGCUCGAGGGGUGCGAUCACUGCUUUAACCUCGCCGCGGAUAUGGGUGGGAUGGGUUUCAUUCAGUCCAACCACUCGGUGAUCUUUUACAACAACGUGAUGAUUUCUUUCAACAUGAUGGAGGCGAUGCGCGUGCAAAACGUCACUCGAUGCUUCUACGCGUCGAGCGCGUGCAUUUACCCGGAGGGGACGCAGCUGAGCACCGAGAUGCAAGACGGCUUGAAGGAAUCGUGCGCGUGGCCGGCGCAGCCGCAAGACGCGUACGGCUUGGAGAAGCUCGCGUCUGAGGAAGUGUACAAGCACUACCAACAAGAUUUUGGCAUCCAGACGCGCAUCGGCCGCUUCCACAACAUCUACGGUCCGUACGGCACGUGGAAGGGCGGUCGCGAGAAGGCUCCGGCGGCGUUCUGUCGCAAGGCCGCGACGGCGACCACCGAGGUCGAGAUGUGGGGCGACGGUAAGCAAACUCGCUCGUUCACCUACAUUGACGACUGCGUCGAGGGCAUCUUGCGCCUCACCAAGAGCGACUUCGCCGAGCCGGUGAACAUUGGCUCCGAUGAGAUGAUCUCCAUGAACGACAUGCAAGCGAUGGCUCUCAAGUUCGCGGGCAAGGAUCUCCCGAUCAAGCACAUUCCGGGUCCGGAGGGCGUGCGCGGUCGUAACUCCAACAACGACCUCAUCAAGGAGAAGCUCGGCUGGGCUCCGUCCGUCAAGCUCGAGGACGGCUUGAAGGUGACCUUUGAGUGGAUCUCCUCCAAGAUCGCCGAAGAGGCUGCCUCUGGUGUUGAUACCGCCGCGGCGUUCGCGAAGUCCACCAUUUGUGGUACGCAAGCGCCGACCGAGCUCGGCCAACUCCGCGCAGCGGAUGGCCAAGAAAAGCUCUGA